CCGCUUAGCACUGUGCUACAUGAUGAUUUGACAGACGCUGCUUAGUGGCGAUGGAGCAUGGCGACGGCUGAGGGGAGCUUUUCCAUCGAGGCUGCGGAGGCGGAGCUCAGGUCCCUGCAGACGGAGGAGCAGGACCUGGACUUGGAGCUGGAGAAGCUCUACAGCCGCGCGGCGCACCUCUGUCAGAGCGAGAGCCGCAGCUUGGCCUUUUUGGGGGAGCAGCAUAAGCAGGUCCCUGUGGCCAUCCGCAAGCUGCAGGAGACGCUGCAGCAGACGUCCGGCGUGGCUGAUGAGCUCAGCUUCCGCGUCCGCAAGCUAGAUGUGGUCUGCGGCCGCGUCUCAGAUGCCACGAAGAUUGUGGAUGACCUGCUGGAGCUGCGGGAAUGCUCAGAUCAGGUAAUGAAGGCCAUCACGUCUGAAGACUUUGAGCAGGCUGCGAGGUAUGUUUCGCGCUUCCGAGCUGCCCAAGAUAGCCUGCCGCCUGGCACGGACGAUGCAACCGUCCGCACCUUGACGGAAGCAGAGAGGCAGCUCAGUGGCAUCGUGCGCAGGCGCUUCGAGGCCGCCAUGUCCGCCAAAGACAGCAGCGGGGUCUCGCGCUUCGCCAAGCUCUUCCAUCCACUCGGCCUUGCCUCCGAAGGAGUGCAGAAGUACGUGGAGUUCAUCAGGCGGUCUUUGGCUGAGAAGGCCAGUGCAGACUUUAAGCGCCAGUUGGGCUCGGUGGGUGGCAAGCGGACGGAUCAAGGCCCGACGCCCUUCGCGGAGGCGUUGACCUCGAUCUUCGUGACCAUCGCGGACAUUGUGCAGGAGCACCAGCAGGCAGUGGAACAGGAGUUCGGGCCCGAGAACUUUGUGGUGGUGGUGCGUGGGCUGUUGGACGAGGCAGACGUGCAAGGCAUCCGUGUCAUAGACAAGUUUGCCAAAGACUACGCCAAGGUGUUCGCGCAGCAAAGCAACUGCGACAUGCGAGAAGUUGGGGCUGUCCUGGAGGAGACGGCGAUGAUCACUCAACGAGUUCAGCAGUUUAACGCCUACAUUCACGGCGUGGCGCGGAGCGUUGUAGAGAUGAUCGAGGACACCACGGAGUUUGUCAAGGAUUUGCCAGUGGGUCACAGCCCAGAUGACGGGCUGCCCGAUGACACCAAGCUCCUGCAUAGGGUGCAAGAGCUGGUCUCCUCUUAUGUCUUGGUUGAGCAGAAUUUCCUGCUGCAGUCUGUGGAGAAGGCUGUGACAGAGACAGACUGUCUGGAUCCAGAUGAUCCGGAUGCGCAGACAACCACUUUGAUCGACGAGUCCUUCUUCAUUAUGCAGGAGUCCAUGAUGCGAUCGGUGACCACAUGCGAUAUCAACGCGGUGUGCGCAGUGGUGAACAAUGUGAAUGCCGCCGUCGUGGGCGAACUCCGGCAGGCGCUGGCCAGCAACCUUGCGGACAGCCGCCGAGUGUACUCCAACUGGCUGAGUCACCCAAAGAAUUUGGUGCCGAAGCCCGGAGAGCAUCCUUUGGCGUCCUUGUUUCUGGACCAGGAGGGCAAGCUCCGCAGUCCCCUGACGGCGGCGCUGAGCUGGCCUCAUUCCAUGAACAACCUUCAGCAAUGCCUGGAGAACCUAGUGCGCCUCAAGGAGACGGUGGAGGAGGCCUUCGACGACUACUUCCCCAGCGAAGGUCCCGACAAGGACAAGCGCGAGAUGUUCCAGCACUGCAUCUCCCAACUGGCGGCCUCAAAGGCGGAUCUCGAGGCGUUGCAUGCGAGCCAGUGCAAAGAUGGUCUCGUGAUCCUGAAGGCCCACCUGCGACCUUUGCUGGAGCCCCUGGACAAGCUGGACUACAACAUCUCGGAGGCGCAGUAUGCGGACUACCAGGUGAAUGACCCUUUUGCGAAGGCGUUCAACGCGCAAGCAGAUGUCAUUCACCAGCACAUCAAGGCUGUGCUGAACUCCACCUCUGCUGAAGAGAUCAUGCAGCAAAUGGCAGAGCAAACGUGCAAGCGACUGGAGAAGGCGGCCUUGUCCAAGCGCUUCAGCCUGUUCGGUGCUUUGCAGUUUGAGAGCGAUGUCCGUGCCAUUUGCUCUUUUUUCACCAGCGUCAGCGAGCAGGCCUUGAGGCACAAGUUCGCGCGGCUCUUCGAGAUGUCCAGCCUGUUGAAUCUGGAGAGUGUGGAUGAGCUGCGGGAGCUUUGCAGCGAGCUGAAGACGUGGCGCCUCACGGACGAGGAGGUGCGGAAGCUCCUGCUGUCGCGGUCCGACUUCGAGGCCACCGAGGAAACUCUGGCAAAUCUGCGGCUUUGAGGGCGCUAGCCUCCAAGUAGCACUCUACCGUAGAUUGGGAUGCGGAGAAAA